AUGCCAAACAAAACCAAAAAGUCUGUCAAGAAAAGAGUCACAUUUUCAGACGAUACUACCACUACUGUAUCCAGAUCACAUAACAAGACUAGAUCUGAUUUUAUUGCUAACCAUCCACCUGUAUUUAUUCGAAAAACUUUUAAAACUAUCCCAUGGCAUCUUCUAUUUUUAUUAUACUAUUACGUUAAGCUUUCCAAGAACUAUGAUAUUAUAACGUUGUUAAAAAUGUUAAUCCCAUCACAAUUUAUUUAUUUGAUGUAUCAAUUCAAUAAGAGUACUAUAUACGGGAAUAAGAGGUUGAAACUAAACAUAACAUUAUCAUUAGUAACUAUUGUAGGAUCCUUUUUAUUAGGUUUUCCAAUCUUAAUUAUUGUGAUACUUUGUGGCGCUCCAUUUGUGGAACACUUGCCUUUAUCCUGGCUUCUAUCUUUACAUAUUUCAUAUUUGGCAUACCCUGCCCUUUACUCAGUUUUUAAUUGUGAUUUUAAAGUCGGAUUAUGGAAAAAGUAUUUUAUAGCCAUCGUUCUAGGUGGUUGGCUAAGUUGUGUGGUAAUUCCAUUAGAUUGGGAUAGAGAUUGGCAGGCCUGGCCAAUUCCUGUUGUUGUUGGUUCAUAUUUAGGUGCCUUUGUUGGGUAUUCAAUUGGUGCAUAUAUAUAA